GGUAAUUAUAAUAUGAUUAGUUACAAUUAAUUUAUAAUAAUUAAAUUAAAUAACAAUGACGAUAAUUUCGCGGUGAAACGCGUGCAAUAAACCUGAGAGGAAAAAGACGUUUAUACGACUGGCGGAACUUCCGAGGAUUUCGACGGUAAAUCUCCUCGAGGAAGGGGGAAAGCCGGUUUAUUGGCCGGCUGGUCAGGGGUCGCGGUUGAUAAGCGGUGAUAAUGUCUCUCGCACAGUUUAAACUAGUCAGUUCCGACAGCGAUUCGCGCGGGCGAGCUACUGUGAGCUACUGUGCGCGGUUCACCGCCAUCGUACCAGCAGCGGGGCUUUCAAGGACUCUGGGUGUAAAUUAACACUCGAGAUAUCCGCGAGUUCGUGAAAGAACGGUAUUUCUUCUUUUAGAACUCGGAGGUGCCGCUUCCGAGAUGCGAUAGCGAAGUAUGGGCAAAGACAAUUGCUACAAGUGCAAAAAAUAUGGAUACAUGUUUGGCAACAUGGAUUCGACGUUGAGAUCGCAGCUGGCGACGAAGACAGCGGAGGUACAUCGGCAUGCUGCCGGCGAGACUACGGAGCUGGGUGAGAUUAAGGUGACCAUGCCCAGCAGCGUCGCGACGUCGAUGCCGUCGACAGCUCACACCAGUGCUAGCGACGCGACGCCCUGCAAGAACGGCGGUUGCAAGAUCUGGAGGAGCAGCCGAAUCGGAAGCAGUGAGUCGCGCAGCGAGAGUCCAUGGCACUCACUCAAAACCAUCUUCCUGAUCUCCGUGAUCGUGGCAUUUCUCCUCUGGAUCAUCGUCUAUACCCUGCUGGAUCAGUACCGGAUCUUGUGAUCAAGAUCAUCCCCGCUUUACAAAUCUUGCUCAGUUCUCGCGAUUGUAAAUAGCGAUGAACACUCUGCGGCCUCUGGUCUCGCGAUUUGAGUGAUAUUGGAUUUUGGUAGCGAUCUUGUUGAUGUUGGGAUCGCAAUUUGUGAUCGGAUCCACGUGACUUCGUGUUCUCCAUUAUAAUCGUUGGAUUACAAAUCCUGUGACUUUCAAAGGUGCUCACAAGUAAAUCACAGGGAAAGAACGAUUUUUUUGCUGAAGUAUCUAAAUAUUUAAUUACUAUCUAAAAUUUGUUGAGUAGA